CUAGGGCACGGUCGGUUGAUGGAGCCACCAGCUCGAAACGCUAUGUGGCGCUUCGGGUUUCCCAAUCCCGUGAACUAUAACGAUAACGAAUUGUUUUGCGGCGGAUACGCCGUACAGUGGGAGCAGAAUGAAGGCAAUUGCGGAGUGUGUGGAGAUGCUUACAAUCUGCGCAGUCCACGACCACACGAGGCAGGAGGCGAGUUCGGAAAGGGUAUCAUUUCAAGACGAUACUUCGCAGGUCAAGAGAUUAAUGUGGAAAUCGAACUGACGGCGAACCAUAUGGGACGGUUCGAGCUGUUCCUGUGUCCAAACAACAACCCGUACUACGAGGCUACCCAGGAGUGUUUCGAUCGAUAUCCGCUGUUUCUGUCCGGCACGAAAGAGGUACGCUACACGAUACCUCCCGAGUCGGGGAAAAAGGAAAUCUUCCGGUAUCGGGUGAAGCUGCCGUCGUUUGUAACCUGCACGCAGUGUGUGCUACAAUGGACGUACUACACCGGCAAUAUGUGGGGUCGAUGUGAUAACGGCACUGAAGCAGUUGGAUGCGGGAAGCCGGAAACCUUUAGAAAUUGUGCUGACAUCAGUAUAGUGUCGAUCUCCGGCGGUAUUCCGCCGUUGUUCGUGGAGAGUAGCAAAAACCCAUUCCUAUUGUACUACAGAGAUUAUCGGGCACCGGAGUCAGACAAUGUGUUCCCGCUUAUUAUUCGGGAUCAAGUAUGCCUUCCAACGGAAGCCUACCGAAAUUUCAUUGGCAUGGAGGACUGGUGUCAGAACAACUGCCUGCGUUAUCCACCCAACUGUCCGGAGUCGGUCUGCCAUUGUCCACAAACCUGCGACGCGAUCGGUGAGCUGGAAGGACGCGAUGGAGCCGAUGUGUACUGUAUGGAUGAGUGCCUCACCUACCAGUCCAAGUGUCCAACGGAACGGUGUCACUGCUACUAG